UUUCUCGUCCUUCUAUACCGUUUUGUCUUCCACAUCUUGUUCCUCCCGUUCAUUCCCAAGCCACUCGCAAAGUUCUUCCCUUUUUACCACCCUCUUUCUCGUUCCCUCCUCACUUCACAAACCCAUCUUUCAUUUCUCUCUAUCCCUCUUGCUUCCAUCUUCAAUCCCUUUUCUAUGACACUGGGUUUACUAGUUGGUGGUGGUGGCAAUGGUGGCUCUUCUGGGGCUACCCCAAAUGAGUCUGCUGUGUCAAAUGCUAAGGUUCUGGUACAAGAGUGCUCAUCCUCGUACAAAGGUGAGGCUGAACUUGAACUGGGUUUGGGCCUGAGCCUCGGUGGUCGAGGCGGCGGCGGCGUCGGCAAGGCCAAGCCUUCUUCUGCAUGGGGUGAGUGUGGUCGUAUUUUGACGGCUAAAGACUUCCCUUCUGGUGUCUCUCAUGGACCUUCUGUUGCUGCUUCUCGUUUCUCGGAUAGAGUCAGUACUGUGGGCGGUUCUGUUUCUGGGACUAAGAGAGCUGCCGACUCUGUCUCUCAUGACGCUGGAUCUCCCACUGCUGGCAGUCAAGUUGUUGGGUGGCCACCCAUCAGGGCAUAUAGGAUGAACAGCUUGAUUAACCAAGCAAAGGCUCAGAGGGCUGAAGAAGACAAAUCCAGCGGCGAUAAGAACAAUCUUGAUGAUGCUUCAGUCGCUAAAACUGGCACCUGCAACAUGACUGAAAAAAACCAUCUCGGAUUUGUUAAGGUGAACGUGGAUGGAAUUCGCAUUGGGAGAAAGGUAGACUUGAAUUCUCAUUCAAGCUAUGAGAGUUUAGCUCAAACACUGGAAGACAUGUUUUUCAAGCCUGCUUCAGCUGCUAAAUCAGCAGCAGCAGGUAGUGAGAAAGAACCUGGAACAAAAGCCUCUAAGCUUUUGGAUGAAACAUCUGAAUUUGUGCUGACAUAUGAAGAUAAAGAGGGUGAUUGGAUGCUUGUGGGAGAUGUUCCCUGGAGGAUGUUUCUCAGCUCAGUGAGAAGGCUUCGAAUCAUGAGAACAUCUGAGGCUAAUGGACUUGCUCCUAGAUAUCAAGAGAAACAUGAGAGGCUGAGAAUUAAACCCAUUUAGAAUCUCUUCAAUUGUUCGACCCAGCAAGUUAUAGAAAAAUCCACAGUUUGACAGGAGGUGCUACUAUAUGGAAGUGGAGAAGAUUGGUCUUCCAAUGGUUUUCAGUUUGUUUAUUUGUUUUCUGCAAGGUUUUAACCAUUUGAUGGUUCUUGUUGUGUCGUCUUCAUUUUAUUUUUCUUAAUAGAGAACCUCCGUUCUAUGUCACAGAUCCUUACAUCAUACAAGCCUGCAUACUUGACUGAAGGCUGAUUUUGUUUUUUCACACUGUAAAUACUGGAGUACUUAAUAUCUAGAGUGCCGAGUUUGCUGCAAUGUACUAGAUUGAGCUUUCUCAUGUGGUGUCAAAAAAGUAUUAAAAAACAAAAAACAAAAAGAAACUUGUGUUA